UGUGAUCACAAAUUACGUCUCGGAGUGGAAGUUUACUCAAUAGUUUAUUUAAUGUUCAAUUAAUACAGUUUUCGGUAGCUCUGUUCCAAAAUGCCGAAAGGUUAUAAUCUAACUAUCGAUCUAAUUAAUGGCUACAAAAAUCGGCCAUAUCUGUGGAACAAGUGUGACCCAAAAUAUAAAAAUAUCACUGCGAGACAGAAGGGAAUCGAAGAGUUGUUAGAAAUUUACUCGUUAUAUGACCCAAACGCAACGGUCGACCAUGUUAAAUGUAAACUGAAUAGCCUGCGCAAAUGCUACCGCAAGGAAAAAAAAAAAGUUGACGCCUCUUCAAAUAGCGACACAGGAGAGUUUCAUGUCCCAUCUUUGUGGUAUUAUGACCACAUAUCCUUUCUGGAUUCGUGUUCCAUUCCAUCAGCGACUGACAACACCGGAAACGAAAGUGAAGACAACGUUCAUGAGAAGGAAGGUCCGCAUGAAUCUGGAACAGUAACCACCAAAAAUUUCGAUGCUAGUUUAGAAGUUGUCAAGAGCGCGGAUAAACCUACGGUUGUAAAACUGACGGCAGUCACGCCACAACUUGAUACGACACCGCAGAACCAGUUGGAUAUCCUGAAUGACAACGUACAAAACUCACCACCGCGGAUGCAAACAUCUGUUCGUUUAAAACGAUUGGUUUCACCAAGUUCUGUGCAAGGCCCAUUACGAAUCGUACGUAAAGUUCCGCCACAGUUGGGACAAACAGUUACCACUACCACAAACCAGUCGUCUGUUAAAUCUUUUGUAAACUUGUUAGAGCAGGAACUGAAUGCACUUUCUGAAGAUUAUGCUACAAUGGCUCAGGUGGAAAUUUAUCGGAUUGUAGGAGAGUUCAAGUUGAAGGAUGUUAGCAGACGACAAGCAAGAAUCCAGGUACAAAAGCUACACGUGGAUAAACCACAGCCAGUGAGAAUACUCACUGUGCAAAAAAUUCAAGCCCAACCCGAUAUUCCAAUUGAGAUAACUCCGGAUUUACCGAUUGAGAUAAAAACCGAGCCUACAAGUUAAUAAUAAAUGCAUUUAUUAGAUUGGAGGUUUAAGAACAGAACAUUGACUUUAACUACCCAACACGCUGAUAAUAAGAUUAGCGGAUAAGUGCGGCCAUUAAAAGUAAUUCAGCAGAUCUUUUUUCCUCUAUGGGAUUCGAUGUAUUUUUUCUCAAAUAAAACAUUCAAAAUUAUUACAAAUACAUCC